GCCAGUAUGUAAUACGUGUGGGAAACGCCACCUGGGUCGUUGUUUGAUGGGAACGAGAGUCUGUUAUAAGUGCAAGCAAGAGGGACACAUGGCUGAUAGGUGUCCCUUGAGAUCUACUGGGCUGGAUCGAGCAGUCAGGGAGAGAGACCUCCACAGCGGGGUACAAUCUUUGCCACUAAUAGAUCAGAGGCAGAGAAGGCCGGCACAGUAGUGACAGGCAAAGGAAAUAAAGGUGGCAAACCGGCGAGGGGCAGGAAGCGUGAUUGCCAUAGGGAAUGUGUUAUUUUGCUUCCGCUUAUGAUUUCUUUUAAGGUUUAAGAUGUACUAAAACUUCGUUUACAAACUUUUAUUUGUAAAUAGUGUUAUUGUUAAGUUUUCUUGAAUAUUUGAAAAUCAGGCCUGGCAUGUUUUGUUUUUAAAUUGACUUAUGUUUCAAUUUGUAUCAACCAAAGUCUUUUCUCAAAAAUAAUAACGACCUCCACUUACUUAGAAAAGUUGGGUCGUUACAGUUGGUAUCAGAGCCUAAGUUUUAGGUUCUGUAGACUGACUUACGAUGUAAGUCUAUGUUUUUGUGUUCCUAUGGCUAACGCAACCCUUCGUCUCUCGUCAGGAAUUAUGCCGCCAAGGGAAGAAGUACGUAGAGGAGGUCGUAGAGGCCGAGGUAGAGGAGCAGGAGGCCGAGGUAGAGGAGUAGGUCGUAAUCAGCCUACUGAGGGUCAAGCUGAACAUCGAAUUCCUGCUGCACCCGUGACUCACGUCGAGUUUGAUGCACUGUCUGCUCACAUGGAGCAGAGGUUUACAGAACUUAUGACAGCCAUAGCUCAAAACCAGCAGGCACCUGCAGUCCCACCUGCACCUGUAGUUCCCCUGCACAGCAGCCCCUCCUGCACAAGAAUUACCUAA